GUAGGAGUUGCAGACGACUGCAUUUCAAGAAGCAGACGAUACUUGUGCAAAAUGGUCGAGUCUGUUGAAUUCGUUCCCGAUCUUCUUGUCAAGGGUCUUGACGGAAAGGUGUCAUCUUACAGCACUUUCAGCACUUUGAUUGAGAGGGCAAACCAUUGGCUUCGCCAGAAUACCACCGCCAAUGUGAUCAACUGCGAGACGUUAGCCCUGAAACCCCGGAACGGCCAGGCGCGUAACGCUCACUUCGACCCUAACUGGACCGGCUCGUCAGAGUACAUGGGAGGCACAAAUGAUGCCAUUAGGUCUCCCGAGUUGAAGGCUCUAAGGCUAUGGUAUCGAAACACUAACGCCGGGAACGCUCAGAAGAUAGGCGCCACACUGGUUGUGCCGCGGCUGACUGGCGUCGAGGAUGGAACCCAGAGACCGGAGUACGAGACACUCCAAGACACGCUCAGCUCCGUCAACAGGUCCCUUGGCCACCAUGCUAUGCCAGGUUCGCUGCUGGCGACAGAGACCGUCCGCCUCUUCGUUAACAAGGGGAGCAAGGACAUUGAUCCUGAGCUCACGUACAAGGUUUUUCCCGGAGAUAGAGAAGAGGAGAAGAUUUUUGACAUAAACUGUCUGCGGCUUUGGUUCAGGGAGGGCGCACCACAGAAGGUCAACAUUGGUUACGAAGACUUCGUGCCAGUUCUUAGCGCGAGGCGCACCCCACUCAGUCCCGUCUACGAGGACUACGUAGGCGUCUGGAGCAGAAUGGAGAAGUGGGUCUACGAGAAAACCGACAUCAUGCUCACCAAUAUUCAGUCCCUUAUUGUGGAGGAACUCAACGACGAAGGAUCCGCGGCAGUAGCGACCUCUCACGUCAGUUUCCAAAAACAGUUCCGAGACCCCCACGUGCGCAUCUUCCGUUUAUGGUACCUGAACGACACGACCAAGCUGUACCGCCCGCCUAUCAGGCUCCACGUCACCACCCUGCAGAGCAAGCUAGUCAACAAGCAGGCCAUGUUCGAGAUACGCUACGAAAAUCAUCACGAUUUGGUGGACAGGAUUGAGGAAACGGCAAACAAGAUCUUCAGUUUGGAUCAAAACUGGGCUUUCCUGAACUUGCAGACGAACACAAUCGAAUGCACCAGUGCCGGCAACACUAAUCUUAGGGAAAUGAAAAGCCAGCAUCUCCCUUUCGGCCGCAAAUUCAUCAGCGCGUUCUUCGUGAUUCAGGAAGAUGGAAUGGAGUGUGAGGAGGAGUGGACUGCCAGGGUCCAAAGCGAAGAGGAAGCGGCCGAGGAAGCUCGAGUCAUGGCCUCCAUCCCUCCUCCUUCCCAAGAGAACAGCUCUAUCUUGCGGACCAUCAAGAGGUACGCUACAAACCUCCUGCCCGGGAUGAAGAGAGCCCCAGCUUACAGGGAUUUCGUUCCGGCGAUGAAUGAUGAUGAGGAAUUUGAGUCUUUCAGUUCCAUCGUCGAGGAAGCCAAUGUUUGGUUGUCCGCCAACCGCCAGGUCAAGGUCGUUAAUGUGGAAACUAGGAAUCUCCGGCCCUGGGGAGGCCGCGCGGGCACCAAGCCCACUUUCAAUGGAGAGUGGACCAUGUCGACAGACUGGGUGACCGUCAAGGCGGGGACCGCCGUCAGGCACAACAGGGCUCCAAUCUUGAAAGCAAUCAGAGUUUGGUACAGCAUGGAAAACGAAGGCCCUCCCUUCCUCCUCAGGCAGACCCUCCUUCAGCCGGUCAAGGAGGGCGAGCACCCGGACCAUACGCCAAUCUAUGAAUCAUUUGAGGAGACAGUCGAUCGCUUCAACGAAAAUACUCCAAGCUGGCCCAUUGAAGGUCCGAUCCUAAACUGCGAGGUCGAUCGCGUCUUCGUUGGACACCACGCGUGGGACCUUGACGCUCAGAAGACGUAUGAACCCUUCUCCCACCGGAGGUUGGAUGUCUACUGCAUCAGGGUCUGGCAUCUGGCGGGAGGAUAUCGUUAUGAGACAAUCGGCUACGAAGACUUUCCUCCCAUGAAGUGGGAGGAUGAAACAUUUGAGUCCGUAUCAGCCACACUUCGGAGGGCCAGCAGGUGGGCGGCAACGAAAGAGGAGAUUAUCAUCACCAACGCCCAGGUGGUUAGCAUCAAUGCCGGCAAAGAUGAAAAACUCAAACUUGAAGAACCCGUCCUCUCACUCGAACACAACAACCCCUGGUCCCGUAUCAUUCGUGUCUGGUACAAGCGCCCAAUGGCCCUGGCAGAUGAGGUCCAAAUCAAACCCAUGUUCAUUAACAGCACCGUGUUCAUCCCCAACAAGAAGAAGGAAGAUAACGAGAUGGCAGAGAUCAAGUACGACACUUUCGAGGAAACCAUGUGGCGAGUGCACGAGUGGAUUCGGGUGCAGAAUGGGAAACAGGAUCAAAACUUGUCGCUCUCACUCCAAACUGUCAUGAUACCAUCCAACCAAGAAGGCGAGGUCGACCCAGAGGACCCAUUUGCAGCAUCCCACCACCACGCCCGGGCCUGUGUCACGCUUUUCCACGGAUCAUUCAAAGAACACACAGACGAAGAGGUCGCCGAAGAGGGUUGUACCAUUCUAUAACGUUGCUAAAACACUCACGGUCAGUUCUUCGGUGUGGCAAAAGACAACCUGAUUACGAACAGUUGCAAGGGACAUUUUGGACAUUUCAAAGCAUGGCAUGAGAUGCUUGGCCAAAGAAUGAUUUCCCCCAGUCAUCUAUUGUAAAAAAUGAUAGUCUUUUCAAUGAUGACAAGACUUUUCCGCUCGUUGCCAUUUUCAUGUCUUUUGUCGCGAACUGAAGCAGGUACAUACCCGUUGUUUGCAUCGGCGACACGUAAAUUUGAUAAUUUUUUCUUCCAAAAUCAUAGUCAAAAACACAGUUUUUUAUGCUUUCACAGGGCAUUUGCCCCCUGCUCUCCCCUUCUAGCUGUAUAUGCGCCUGAAUGUCAAAACAUUAAGGGUCAAGUGGCAGUACCGAGUGAAUGGUCUUCAUACUAAGAAAAGUCCAGGACAACUCAAAUGAAGGAACCAAGAAUUCCAAUCUCCUUUUUCUUUCCUCAUUUGUAUCAACCCUGAUAAAAACAACGGGAAAAAU